AUGUCGAUCGACGGUCGGUCCAAUCAUUUGGACGCCUCCGAAACCACUCCCCUCCUGGGCCAGCCUGACUAUGAUGUGGAAACAGCCUCUUCCCAUAAAGAUGAAGAGGAGCCUGUCUCCAUCCUAUCCAGCGCGAGCUCGAUAUCUGGAGGACUGGACCUUGCGCCAAACCUGGAAAGACUUCCUUCGAACUCCGAGAAUGUCUUGAAGGAAGAUGACUAUGCUGCGCGGUUCAUCGAUGUUACUCCCACGCAGUUUUGGAUUAUCUUUGGCGGCAUCCUGGUUGGCUACAUGAUUGGUUUCUUUGACUCAACCCUCAUGGCCUCCAGUCACCCAGUCAUUACCUCCUACUUCAAUGCAGCGAAUUCAGCAUCAUGGUUAUCAACAGCCUUUCUGUUGACCUCGACCGCGUUCAUGCCUCUUUUCGGCCGAGUCUCCGACGCCUUCGGUCGUAAACCGGUCUAUCUUUUCUCGAUCGCCAUGUUUUUCAUAACUACGGCCGGGUGUGGUUUGGCCCGCAACAUUGGACACUUCAUUGCUGCUCGGGCGCUUUGUGGACUCGGUGCUGGGGGUAUAUUCUCCAUCGGUCAGAUUAUAUCCAGCGACUUGGUGCGUCUGGAAUAUCGUGGAAUCUACCAGUCAUACAUCAACCUCUGUCUUGGUGCCGGAGGCAGCAUUGGACUCGCUUUUGGAGGCUAUCUAUGUGAUCACAUUGGCUGGCGUGGAGCGUUCUUCAUCCAGUUGCCUUUCAUUUUCGUCUAUUUCAUCGCAGCUGCUUGGACACUUCCGGCAAAUCUAGGUCGCAAGACUGCUGGAACAGAUGGAAAGAAAAUCUCACAGCUGAUCCGGAGCAUCGACAUCUUGGGAUCUUUCAUGUUGAUAACUGCUGUCACUCUCCUCAUUGUUGGACUGAACCUGGGAGGCAAUGUCCUCUCCUGGAGUCACCCCCUCAUCAUCACCUCGUUGACACUAUCAUUUGUCUUCGCUGUGAUCCUAGUGCUCUAUGAACCACAUGUUGCACGCCCCGUGAUGCCAAUCGAGCUUCUCACGACGAACCCCCGUUCCAGUAUAAUAUUCGGCAGUUUCUUUGCUUCGGUGUCUAUCAACACUGUAGUCUUCAAUGCUCCGCUGUAUUUCCAAGCUGUGAAAUUGACUUCGCCCACUUCUUCGGGUCUUCGGCUUGUUGCCUCUUCUAUCGCUAUCACCAUAUCAAGUGUGAGCACUGGGUUCUUGAUCAAUGCAACAAGACGUCUUCAGCCGUUCGUUCUCAUUGGUGUAUUCAGCAUGAUAGUAGGUGGAUUUGCAGCUGCAGCAAUGGGAAUCGAUACCUCCCAUCCAGUUGCGAUGGCAUGUAUCUCAUUCUCAAGCUUUGGUCAAGGUUUCGCGUUCCCCAGUCUGAUGGUCUCUAUGCUUGCGACAAGUAAACACGAAGACCAGGCUGUUGCAACAACCACACUUGGCUUGUGGCGAAGCCUAGGUUCUGUCAUGGGUGUCGCCGUGAGCAGCUGGAUCUUCCAAAAUGCCCUUAUCUAUCACCUCAAUGACAAGGUGACUGGCGUUGACAAAGAUCAUAUCAUUGCGCUUGUUCGUAAAUCGGUGCACAGUAUUUCUCAGUUGGAUCCUGUUCAUCAGCUGGAAGGCAUGUUCCAACCCAUGACCCGCUCAUACUCCGACGCUCUCCGCAUGACUUUCUUCUCGGCGGCGGUUUGGGCCAUUGUUGUGCUAGGGUUCAUGUGUCGAAUCCGCCUGCCACGCUUGAGAAGGAAGGAAUAG